GGCAACACUUGUCGUUUCGGAUUGGAAGCUAGUUUCUUUUCUGCGAACACUCACCAAUUAUUUUCCAACUCAACUUCAAUGAAAACCUGCUAGAGCCACUGUCGAACGCAAUUUAGUGGCUAGAAAGACGACAGGUUCAAACGCACGGCUGAAGUAUCGUCACUGUCUUUCCCCAGACCACAUUUGGAAGCACGGAAACUGUUCCUUACCGAAUCAGCCAUGAAGUGGCGACUCAUCCUUCUCGUAGUGGUUCUCACCAUGACGACGACAACAGUAUCUGCUACAACUUGCCCUGCCGGAGCACAAGACACAGGGAAUGGAUGCAAAUGCGUAGCAUUUGAUGCAUUCCUAGUGAAGGGCGAGUGCAUAGUGCUUCCAACAAAGACAUGUAGUACAGAUGUUUACAAGGUUGCUCCAAUUGGGUAUCAAACCUGCCAGAACUUGAGACCUAACUAUGACGAAUCGACGGUGGGCGAUUCUGCUUGUAUCAAGAAGAUGCUCUUGGACUGGCGUACAACAGUGGGCUAUGCGCUAACGUUUCAAUCCGGCAGGAGUAUAGUUACAUAUGAUGAUGCUUACAGAGCGGGUUCAGGGUCAACUGCUAAUGUAGUCAUCUGCAAACCUGUUUGCGGGUCCGACCAGGAAUUGGACUACUCUGCACAGCAGUGUGUUUGCAAGGCGGAGAUGAAGGCCAUCGGUUACAGCUCGUGUCAAAGGCUUGUUGUGCAUGCCGAAGGCUCCUAUUUUGUAGCCUUUCAUGGUAAAGGUACCUUAUCAAGCUAUGCUAAGGCUCAGAAAGUUUGCACUUCCAAGAACGGAACACUCCCAAACUGGUCUGCAAAUAUUGCUCAUAAUAAUAAACAUUUGGUCGACAUCGCAACGAAUUUGGAUCACACGCUCAACGUUGGAUACUAUCAUUUCUUUGGAAAAUAUAACACACAUAAUCAACGAGUUUUUUCAGUCAUCUUACCUACACCCACUGUACCUGCUUCCUCCGAUGAUGUCACCAAAGUGACAAACAUAAAUAUCUGUGAAUUCAAAUGCCUGGUAAAUGCUCGUUUCAAUGAAACAACACUCCAGUGUUAUUGUCCCACCGACAGGCCUUACCUCGGCCGCAUUCGAUGCCUCAAGUGUAUGGAGAAUGCCUAUCUUGAUCCUCAAACUCAAUCCUGUGUUUGCAACUCGGGGUUUACGCUGAUCGGAGAUAAAUGCACCACCAUUCCACCGACUACUCUAACCACCCUACCAACGACUACUAAAACCACCACACCGACGACUACUCCAACCACCCUACCAACGACUACUCCAACCACCCUACCAACGACUACUCCAACCACCCCGCCAACUAUUGUGAAUAAUCCACAUCCGUUUAACCGGAGCAAGUACUGUUCAGACACAAAUACAACGCUUGAGUUCACUAAUGGCUACAAACAUAACUAUACAACUGGUGUGGCCAUCUGUAAAGCAAUCGGUGGAACGCUACCCAGUGAGAAUAUGAAUAGCAAAUGCUUGACUGCCUGGACCAGGGAGCAGGUCAUUGCUGCUGCUUGGCGUGCUCUUAAAAUCAUUAGAUUCCAUGGAACAACGUAUUACGCAACUGACGAACGUGCCCAUCAACCGGAAGAGCGUCUCGAAGUUGUCUGUGAAGUUUCUCCUCUGAAGAGAAUUUGUGGCGGAAUCCAAUACACACUGGUACAACAGGUUCCGGACUCGCAAACAAGCAGUGCUGCCUACUCUGAAGCUAAGCAGAUAUGUCAAUCCAAAAAUAUGGAACUUCCCACGAUAAGCGCAAACGACACACUUACAAUUUGCCAAGAGGACAUGAUGAUUGGAUGGCACCUUAGGGAAGGGGUAACCUUUAACUUUUUCGUAGAUCGCAAUAAUAUGGUGAUUAAGUCGAAAUAUGUCCACGAUAUUGUAAAUCUCAGAUCGGUACUGGAAUUUAAUGAGAAAAAGGUAGUCGUGAACACACCCUACUCAGAUUUUGGAACGACGUUCACCAUUUGUCAAGGGGCUGCUCCAAAACCAUCAGCCACUAUUUCAACCACCGCAUCAACCACAGCUCCAACCACCCCUGCAACGACCACUCCAUCCACCCCACCAACAACUACUCCAACUACCCCACCAACAACCACUCCAACCACCACACCCACCACUACUCCAACCACCACACCAACAACCACUCCAACCACCACACCAACAACCACUCCAACCACCACACCAACAACCACUCCAACCAGCACACCAACAACCACUCCAACCACCACACCGACGACCACUCCAACGACCAUACCAACGACUACUCCAACCACCACACCAACAACCACUCCAACCACCACACCAACGACUACUCCAACCACCCUACCAACAACUACUCCAACCACCACACCAACGACUACUCCAACCACCACACCAACGACCACUCCAACCACCCUCCCAACAACUACUCCAACCGACCCGCCAACAACUACUCCAGCCGACCCGCCAACAACUACUCCGGCCACCAAGCCACCAGCUAUUCCAAGCACCGCACAGGACAGACAUGACCAGAAAACCACCACUGCAAUCAAUACCACUGUUACAAACGACAACGGCACCUCACCGCUGUUUGAGCUAGGCGCAAGUCCCACUAAAGCCGCUCUACUUCACAACGUAGCCGGCCCGUCUAGCUCUAGCCCCACCAGCACCUACAGCAGCUACCUGUGGCUGAUCGCCGUGUUCGCCGGCUGCAUUCUCAUCGGUCUCGCUGUCGCCAUUCUUCUGGUGGCCCGGCGCAACCACGCUGUGGUAGCACCACGACGAUUGUUCAGCGCGAAAUCCAGCGGCCCACCGCCGUCAACGGUGCGCAGCGAGGGCCUAGCUGACGAUGCAUCUCUCCUCUACACCGGCGUCCACAGAGACUCGUACACCGAGGACCAGUAUAGCCAGCCAAGCACUGGGAAUGGACCCGACGCCUGGAAUCAACGUCCCCCUGCUGAUCGGCCGUACGCUGUCACGUACAAGAAAGAUCGCAUAAUCAGCGUCGACUCUUCUUCGCAACCGCUCAUGGAUGCAGACGACAAUUCGAACAUCGCAUUCGUUGGAUCUUCUUCGGCCGGCCAAAACGGCAGCACCUGCAGUCUCCACACCAUACCAGUCGGCGAUGAGGCCUCGCUCACACAUAACUCGGCACGACGACCAUGCCCCACACCGCCGUCCAUGUUGGACGGAAAUGCAGACACUAGCCGGUACGUAUGUACCAGUCCGAGCAAGAGCAGUGCCAUCUACUCUACAAUGGGAAAGCAACGCUCCAAUUCACGGCUGGCUGCUGAAGAAACGAGUAAUUGCGAAGUCGGUUCGGCCGGAUACAUUGCUAGUUGCCAGGGGGACAAUUUCGAACACGUCCACAUCUACGACACGCAGUACGCGGCAAACGACGUGUUGAGAGAGAGCUGCCAGUCUGCUAAUGGAGGCAUGUUGGACAACGGUAAUAAGUCUUGUCCGGACAGUCUGGCAGUGAGAGUGCCCGGACGGGCCGCCUCCGUGGAUAUGAGUGCCCACUCGUCUACAAGCUGCCUGGAUAACAAUCUAAACGAACUCAGUGACAUGCUCGAUAACGACCGGCUUGUCCACGAUGACCAGUAUGCGGAUCCCAGCAAUCAAAUGAUGUGUGAGGAUACGUACAAUGGGACAUACUGCUGUCCGUCCCAGGAGAAGUCCGGUCAGGCAAGCUUAAUGAUCUCCAACCCGUACGCCCUCAGCCCUCAUUCUUUCCGCCGCAGCACCGCUCAAGCGGCAGCGAGCGAGGCUGCCUAUACCUCCGGCAAUGCGACCGAGGAGGAGCAUGAAUUGCACCCGGACGAAUCCGUCUCCGGCAUGGCGUGGCAGAACUUGGCCUCGGAGUGCGGCGACGAUGACGAGCCGACUUUCCCAGGUCAUAGUAACGUGAACGCGUCAGGCAACAUAAACACGCAGGCGGCCACUGGAGCGCCCGUGUCGUCGGGCACUCAUCCCGUCACCCUCCUGAGCAACAUGGCCAAGAAGCUGUGGUCGCGUCGCCCGUCCCGAACCAACCAGGACCCGCAGGCAAGCAACCUGCACGACACGAUCGACAGCACCGUCACCGACGGUGGUGCCUGGGACGUCCUGAGAGACCAGACCAUAGGAAGCAGACCGGGAUCCGGAGCUGCGCCUAACACCCAAGAUGGCGGCCAAGAACUGUACGCGAUCCUGGACUCGGCGAUCUCUAACGAUGCGGACCAACACACCAGACCGGGUGUUCAGACCUCGACCUCCGAUCACUACGGAGUGAUUGCACAAGAACACGAAGGACGUCAAGAACGCCUGAACACUGGCAUGGCAGGUAGGGCCAGCUCUGCACUUGCUGGCGUCACCGGCCGCGCCGAGAAAGACGAUGACUACGAUUCGACAAGGUUGGGAGAGGACGAUUAUGACACUGUUUCUCACUGCGCGUCCACAUGUGGCUCACCAAAGUCCGACGACCAGGUUCUGGCGAACUCCAAUGACGACGGUGCAGUCCUGGUUGUACACAAGACACUAAGCGGCUAUGAAAAGGUCGAGAAAAGCGCCGCAGUCAACGAUGGUCAAGAGGAUUCCGCCGACACCUACGUAAUGUCACCAACGUCGAAUGUCAAUGCCGGCAUUGUCAUGGUAAAUAACGAGAACGCCAAGGAGUCUCCUUACACGGCCUUCGCCAGGGGUUCCACUUCAACCAUGCUGCCGGAAUCACCCUACGCCGAAACUAUACCGGACUCUGCGGCAGACUGCAAUGUCUUUUCAGAGCCGAUGGCCACGGACUGCAGCACUGACGAUCACUGUGCCGAAGAGGAGGGGAUCUAUAGUUCAGCAGAUGCACACCUGGCGUCCAAAACUCAGUCAAGCCGUGAAAAGGCGGUGACUCUGCGGCAACAGCAGCAGCAGGGAGUGGAGCAGCAGCCUGCAUCCUCUCAAGCCGCACCCCAGCACACGGCCAAGAGCAGUGCCGCCGCUGACACCGACACCAGUGAUUACAUCUACGUCGGAUUCAACUCCGCCGCGGCACCCGCACAGAAGCUCGGGACGGCGGCCCUCUGCAAAACCAGCGAGGUCGAGUCUGAACGCCGCCAGGGCCAGACCCGCAUCAAGCAGUAAAGCAUGGCUAUCGAUAGCACUAGAUCAUAAUGCACUUUCACCCCUUGCCCUUGCUAAAUUGGAACUAUUGUUCAAGUCCACAAUUGCACCAUGUCUAAUCAACUUCUAUCCUUGCUACACUGCCAACGUUAGAAAGAGGACAGAUUUCAGGUCGUUUCACAGGAACAAUUUCAAAGUUAUGCGCAAGUAUGCUUUCUGAACUACUAUACCCAUUCCCAUCUGACAUUGUCGUGUAUGGUCAACUGCAUGAUCUGUGUACAACACGCAUGUACCCAUCUUCAUACACAAACACACUACAGACUGAGUAUUCACGCAUGCACACAAGUGCACGCACGCACCUGCACACACACGGACGUUCAGACACGUGCAUACGCACACACUCACACACACUCACUUGCACACACUUGCACGCACAAACCCUUUCUAAACCGCUCUCUUUCAAGCACUUCUCUCAUUGCGUUUGCAAUUGCCCAGUAACGGUGCAAUGGCCGUCUGCCUUGAGUCGAUGAUGUGUUGCUCCACAGCAUAGCUUUGCAGUGUGUGGCGCGGUUUUUCAGCUCCUUUUGUAAUACAGGUGUGAUUGUGACCUUGUCAUGCAUAACCACCCCUACAAUAUGGUUCAGGUGAUAUCACCUUGUCCAACACCCACAGCUCCUACCCUGUUAAACACUUUCGCCCAAUAACUGCAACUUUUGUUGUUACGCUUACGGAAAAUAAGUUUCUUGUUUUUAUUCACACUGUCGGUUUCUUUGUCGCUCUCUCUCUUCACGUAAAUAAACAUCUUUCUCUUCUUCA